AUGGCAGACAUGACCCGACUUAACGAGGAUGUCAAGGCUAAGGCCAGGGCAAAUAGGUUCAAUGCUAAAGAUGCCCUUGACCUUGUACAGGCUCAAUUCCUGGCUAGGGGUGCAAGUGGGAUCAAAGGGGCACAAAGGCGGUUCCGCAUAAUGGAUGAUGAUCAGAAUAAGAAGUUAUCGUUUGAUGAGUUCUCUAAGGGCAUUCGUGAAGUCGGUGUGGUCCUACAGAAGGAGCAGGAGUGGGAGCUGUUCAAUCUUAUUGACACAAAUGGCGAAGGGACUGUGGACUUUGAUGAGUUCCUUAGAGCAGUUCAGCCUAAAAUGAACGAAAGGAGGAUGAAAUUGGUCGAAGCGGCAUUUGCAAAAAUGGAUCACACAGGUGAUGGAGCUGUUACUGUCGAAGACCUCACGAAGACAUACAAUGUGAAGAAACACCCCAAGUACACUGGCGGAGACUGGUCUGAAGAAAAGGUCUAUCAGGAAUUCUUGAAGAACUUUGAUGUCGAUGAUCACACGGAUGGUAUUGUGACGCUGAAGGAAUUCAUCGCCUACUACGCGGUCAUCAGCUGCAGUAUCGACAGUGACACUUGCUUCGACCUCACGAUGCGCAACAGCUGGGGCUUAAACCUGGGUAACUGA